AUGUGCAGGACGUUGCUGUUGUCGCUCAUCGCUGUUUCGCCGGCGUGCGUGCGGUGCCUCGACACGUUUCUGCUUGAGACGCCGCUAGAUGUCGCCGUGCCUCGCCUUGUCGGUGUGGGACGGGAGCUGGCGGAGCUGCGAACUCAGGCAGCGUUGCGGGCAAAGCUUAUUCAGCUGCCCACCUCUGCGAGCAACGCUGCCUGAGCUUCAGUGUCCUGACGUGUAAUUUCUCGGUUGCUUGAUGGUCUUUGACGGCCUCCUGUAGGUCCCUAGCGGCAACUUUACACGCGGUCACCCGAUCUCGAAGUCAACACUCCAGCUGGCAUGUGCGUACAUCAGCCAAGCCAUUGCGCGCGAUCUGCUAGGCCUCUUAGUGCCACCGCACUUCUCGUUACUGUGCCCGCUGGUGACGCAGUCUGCGUGUAGCUGUUCCACAGGUGGUGAGGCGAAGCGGAGUGGGCGGGAGAUCGUCACAUUCACUGUCGCCGCUGCUGCUGUGUCAUCUCUCCGGCGCACCGCGCAGGCAGCCCAGCCUUGUCCACGGUGGUGCUGCCCGCCAUCACGGCACAUCAUCGACUGAAGAUGUGACGGGCCCCCUGUGCCUCCAGCGAGAUCAAAGUAGUCCAAAAGGAUAUCAGAGGCGCUGCGACGGUUGGCCACCGAGGCGUGGCCCUGCGUGGGUAUCGCUGCGUAAAGGCGGCAGAGGUGGUGCGCUACUUGCUGGCUCUCCUGCAGCUGCCGACCGCGGUGGACUGGGCGCGGCAAUCGAUGGACACACCCACCCCAAACUCGCUGCGUGUGCUGCCGCGCGCGCUGGAGGGCGCAGUCUUUCAUGCCGUUCAAUGAAGUCGAGAUUACGUCUCUCUCAUUGCCACCGUCGUCGUCAGCAACGCCGCCGGCAUGUGAGGGGGCCACAGACACUUUUUUUUCCUGCCACAGCGCUGUUGCUGCUGAGCCUCGUUCACCACGGACUCCUUUCGGUGCACGCUGCACACAUGCGAUGGCAGGACUCGCUGCAGAGCUGACCGUGCCUACACCGUCCAAGCGCAAGCCGCUCGUCGAUGUCGUCGUUGCUAACUGAUACGUCGACAGCCGCACGGCAGUGGCGCUGCUGCGCGUUGCUGGGCGUCAUGGUGUGCUUGAACCGACUCUUAGCGGUGAGCCAAACUGGCCCGCGUAUGCAGCCGCACCGAACUGCUGCACACACGUGGUAAUUCACCGCAGGCCAGCUUCUGCCUGCUGCUUCAGCUUGCCGUGCAGGCGGAUCUGCAAGCUAUGCAGGGUGUCCUUCUGGGCCACAUACACGGCCUCGUGCUCUACCUCGACGACGUGGGCGACGUAUCGGUUUCACACAAGCUACCACCACACCAGCCCAGGUCGAUCCACGGCGAUGUGGCAUCGCGGCACUGGCUGCCGCACGGGUUCCUGCAGUCCGGAGGUGCUUCAGCCAAGGUUACUCUGUACCCCACUGGCCCCACGGCACAACAUGGCCCCAGCACACCAGCAGCCAUAGAGGCGGCAGUCUCCGCAUCUUCCUUCCCACGCGAUGCCUCUGCCUUCAGCUUGCACCAAGGCAGCAGCGGCACCACCGUUCUCGACGAUCUCAAGCGCGCACCACCCGUGGUACUGUCGAACAAGUCGCUGUACGCCAUGAUGGACGAAGUCGUGGUGCGCGCGCUGAGUCGUCCCGAUGCAGCAGGGAGCCCCAGCAGCGAGGGCGACACUGCUCACGCCUUCUUCUCGCGGCUUUGUCGGGUGAUGGAGGACACGUUGGCGUUGUGGUUGCGCUUCUACAGUGACGUAAUGCCAUACUUCUAUCGUGACCUCGUACCAUCUGCGGAGAUGGUGGUUGGCGUGCUUCUCUGUGCGCCCGAAGGCCGGCAGCACACGGGGUUCCUUGCUGCUCGUUUGCUGUUGUGUUUUCGCAUGUGGGGGAGGAGUCCAUCUUUUUCCGGUCCUCCUCCUGCUCGUAUUGUUUGCCUCCUGCUGUCAGUGGCUCCAAACUCUGCCAAAUGCGACUUUAGAGGGGCACGUGGACAAGUGUGCACACGUGUUUGGUGA